AUGUGCCGCGUCGUACUGCUCGACCAGACCCAGUACGUCAACCAUCAAUUGGGAGCGGGGCUCCCAAGAAUCCCAGGACGGGGGAUAGCCGCGCCACCGGACGAGGUAACUCGUCCGACGUCCAGUUCACGUCGCGGUGGUUCAACAGCUGCUCAACUAGAUAGCGCUGGCCACCGCGAGAGUCCUCUAAUGGAGGUGGAGGAGGAGGAAAGACGCUCUCCACACGAUCAUGUGGAUCGGUGUGUUCCCGAGAGCUUCUUUGAUCGCGUAACGCAAGGGUUACGCGACGAUCUCGAGCAUGAGCGGAAUAGGCGUCUCCAGAUGGUGGACACUGCCUCGAAGCAUCGAGCUGAGUUUGCCUUUGCUCAGCUUGAGAACGAGAGAGCUCUGACAUCUCUUCGUGACGAGCUAAGGGUAGCUCGUGGGAUUGUUGAUCGGUCUCGGGAUCAGAUAGCUGCUCUUCAGACCCUUGUUGAUGCCCACCAUCGGGAGCACAAGGCUCUCUGCGAGAUGCUUGAGCGCAAGGGCGUUCUUCAUCGGAAGAAGCAGCGUACUGAUGGUACGGCUUAA